UAGACACGGCGCGGAUCGCUGCACUUCGGGGCACUGCACACGCCACAUAGCUCACUAAUUGGCUGCGCUGCAUACAUACAUAUAUAUAGGAAGGACCUGUAUGCAAAACUGCAGUGCACAUAGACGCGCAACAGCUUGGCGUGACUGCGCUGCAGCUCGGAGAAGAAGAAAGUCGCCAAGUUUGACUCGAGAGAGCUGAGAAUCGCGCGCGUGCCUCUAGCCCCAAGGUGGCGAUUGCAGUGCUAGCUUCACCAACGCGAGCUCACGAGUCAGCAGCGUGCGAAUACUUACAUGUAUAUAAUAAGUCGUCUCGCCCAUACACAGAUAUAUAUACGCUUGUGCUUAGUGCGAGACGGAUCGCGUAUAUCGGCGGUCUCUUAGCCUGUGCGCGCGAGCUUCUGCGGACUCUGUGUUAAAAGUGACGGAUGAUCGACGAAUUGACACACACGCACGCGAGAGAUCACAGUUGUUGUGCGGGGCACAUAAAAUUGGCACAAUAACAGGGCACAAAUAAACGCACGCAUCAUAUAAGGCAGCCAGUGCGCGACGAGCAGAAGAGAAUUUCCUGCGUUAUUAUCCUGCGCCUCGGCCUAUACACACAUCGGAGCCAAGCGAUUCGAUCGCUUUAAUACUUGCUGAUUAUUGUCCAGUUAUAUCGUUAACGCACCUACACGCAGGAUGUGCUGCUCGCAUCACCGUCGCCGUCGAUACAAUACCUUUUAGUACCUAUAUGUAACCGCGUAGUGUCUGUGAUCUAAUAUAAUAUAAUAUACGAGCGACUCGACCCAGAGAGAUAUAAGUAGUAGCUGUGUGUAUUAUAUUAGGAUAGAUAGCCGAAGAAUCAGCUGCAGAGUGCCAAUUAUAUAUACGCUUGCAUAUAGUAUCGAGUGCGCGGCGCGUGCUGUGUGUUGCAAAACUCUCCCCGAGUUCUCCUCUCUCUCUCAUAUAUGUGCGGCUCUGAUCUCGGCAGUCGUCGUCCGCGUCGCGAGAACAACAACAACGAGGAGAAGGAGGAGGAGGAUCAUCAUUGUCGUCGUCGUUGCCCGACAAUAAUCGGAUGGAUGGAGCUUUAUGGAACAACGGCGACGGGGCGGCCUGCGGCAGCAGCGAGAUGGAGGAGCGUCGCUCGAUCCGCGACUCCGCCAGGCAGCCCAACAAGAAGUAUUACGGCAGCACGGCGAGGCACGUGACGAGGUCCGACUGCCUGGUCAAGCACCCCGUGGCCCCCAACGACACGCUCCAAGGCAUCGCUCUCAAGUACGGUGUCACGACAGAACAAAUUCGACGAGUGAAUAGGCUUUGGGCCUCCGACAGUUUAUUUUUAAGAGAACAUCUUCUCAUUCCCAUAAACAACGAUAAUCCUCUAUCUUCAUCUAGUGGAUUCAUGUAUAACUCAGGAAGUUUUGAUAGCACUAAUGUCUCUAGUCCAUCUUCAGUAUCUUCUCCAGUAGAUUAUGAAAGUUCUUCUGUAAAUGAUUAUUUAGCUAAAUUUGACUCUUCGAUAGCAAGUGUUAAAAAAGAGAUUAAAAAAGUACAAGGAAAUAGUGAGUUUCUAUGUGAUGGAGAUGGUUCGUUUGUGCAACGAAAAAAAGCCACAGCUAGAUUAAGAAAUUCUCAUCCAAUCAAUUCAAACACACACCUAGCAUCACUAGAAAAUCAACAGUCUUCAUCAACUAGUGAUUUACAAAAUUUACCAUCGGCUGUUGUUAUGACUCAAGGAAAACGCAUUAAAACAUCACUACAAAGGUUACAAAAAGAACAAGAUGAAAUGUUUCAAUUGUAGCAUUCAAAAUUGCUUUUUCAAUUUUGUUAAAGAGAUUCCAAUGAAAAUCGUGAUAAUUUAAAUUUAAAUUCAUUUAAUUCAAGUAUUUUUUCGUGACAUAUAAGGUGGAAAAAUCAUAAUUAAA